UCUAAAGCAAAAAUUGCUUCAAAGCGCUUUUCAACGUAUUUUCAUUUAAUUGUUUAUUUUUGUUAUUGUUUUGGGAAUUACUUGUAAAUAAACCGAAGGUUACUGUGUAUUAAAGUAUUGAAUAUUUAUAAGUGGCAAUAGAAUGGAAGUUAAUAAUCAACAUAACCAAAGUUACUGGUUCGUUGUAAGAGAAGAUCAGAGCAACGUUAUAUUCAGUAGUAAUAAUUUUACUAUUCAAAAUCCUCAGAUUGCAGGACAAGAAGCAAGAUAUAUUGUAGACACUAUUGACAGUAGACAAUAUAUCCAUGUAGACAACAUUUCAGCUCCAGCACAAGAGCAAAAUCAGAAAAGUUGUACAAAAGAAAGUGCUUCGACUAAAGAUGAAGAUAUUUUUUGGGACCGAAACAAAAUAAAACUCUUACUCAGUCUAUGUCUAGAGAAUAGAUUCAAAUGUCCACAUAAUGACAAAAUGUUGUGGAAUGAAGUAGCUAUUCUUGUAGGAACUAGUCCUGAGGAAUGUGACAAGAAAUAUAAGAAUCUUCGGAGAACUUAUAUAAGAUUAUUUAAAAAGAAAAGGUUGGGCAAAGAAAUUAAAUGGAUUCAUUUUAACAUUUGUGAAGAUGUGUUUAGAGAUUGUAAAUCACUCUCCCCCGCGGUUCUGGAACCUUGGGAAGAUUCUAAAGUCAGAAGACUUCUCUCUCUCUAUAUUGAAAAUAUCAAUAAGUUCCGAAGUCCAGAUUAUUUGCAAAAAGAUGUUUGGAAGGAUAUAGCGUCUCAGCUACAUACAACAGAAUAUAAUUGUUAUCAUAAGUUUAAGAAUUUAAAAAGAACUUACUUUAAUUGGUUAGAAAGAAGUCGUGAAUCAGGUAAGCUUAUUAAAUGGCCUUAUCACCAUUACUUUGAAAGAAUAUUUUAUAAUUACAGUCCUGAUAUAGGGCCUUGGGAUAGAACCAAGAUAAGACAACUGAUAAAUGCAUAUUCAGAAAUUGCACAUAAAUUUAAAAGUCCUAAAUACCAAAAAAAAGAAUUGUGGAAGGAAAUUUCAAGAAAAAUUGGGGAAACAGCAAGUAACUGUGAUAGGAAGUUUCGAAAUUUAAAACAAACAUACAUAAGAUUAAAGAUGAGAGCUGAUUCAGGCAGGUCAAUGACAAAAUGGCGAUAUUAUAAAGAUUUUGUUUCAAUUUUUGAAACCGAAACAUACACAAUCAAUGAAGACAGAUCAGAUGUAAUAUAUAAACCUCUUGAACAGGACUAUGUUAAACAAUUACUUGCAUUUUACAUUGAUAAUAAACAGAAAUUUAAGGAUCCAUUAAUAAAAAAGAGGUCACUGUGGAAGCAGAUAGGUCCAAAACUAGGUUUAUCUCCUGAGGAAUGUGAUAAAAAAUUUAGAAAUUUGAAGCAGACAUUUAUCAGACUAGUGGAAAAGAAGAAAGAUACAGGUAAAGAUAAUGGCUGGCCAUAUUAUUCAUAUUUUGAACAGAUUUAUGAUGAACCCAAGCCAUCGAAGGAAUGUAGCCAUAAAUGUAACAUUGACAACAUGACCUUAUCAGAAAUAAGAAAUCUGGUUCGCAGCCAGGACACCAAAGACAAAGAUAAGUUUGAGAAACUAGUCAAAGUUAUAGAAGAUUCAAAUAGCAUACAAAGAGAAAGAAAUAAAAUUUUACAAGCUUUACUAGAUAGAAAAUGACAGCCACUUUUACCCACCUACGUUGAAACCAAAAGGAGGGUAAUGAUUCAGUGUCAUCACAUCACAACUGCUUUAGAACUAAUGUUGUUAAGAUGAAUAUAUUUCAUGCAA